AUGGGCGGCGAAGCCAAAAACCCCCGCUUCAGCAUGCCGCGAGCCGUAAGGAGCGUCGGACUCCGGGUGUUUGGCUUCUUCAUGCUCAUCAUCGUGUUUAUCACCCUGCUUGUACCGGAGAAUGACCAUCGACUGCUGGGUGCAUCGGGCAUGAAUGCUUCGCCUCUCGUCAUUGCGCUGAACGACGCCGGGAUCAACGUCGUUCCUGAUAUUCUCAAUGCGGCAUUCCUCAUUAUCGCCGCUACGGGUGGUCUGGAGCCGUUAUACAUCGCCUCGCGGGUACUGAGACAUAUGGCUCUGGCAGGACAGAUGCCGAAGCCGUUGGCUAGGGUUGAUAGUCGAGGCCGACCGACGUGGGCAUUGCUGGUAACGGCGGUGUUUACGAUUGCUUUCACGUAUAUCAAUUGCAGCAAUACCGGUGCCGUUGUCUUUACUUGGUUCUCCUCCAUAUCCUCGACCAUCUUCAUGGUGGUCUGGGUGAUAAUCCCCAUCUGCAGCUUCCGCUUCCACGCCGCCAUACGCGCCCAAAACAGCGAUAUUCUCAAGGGCAGGUAUGCCUACCGUGCGUGGCUGUGGCCUCUUGCCCCCGUCUUUCUCGGUGUCAUCGCGUUUCUCGUCCUCGUCGGCCUGUUCGCUGCGUCCCUCUACCCCGUCGAUGGCGCGCCGCUAAGUGCCUAUUCCUUCUUCGAGACGUAUCUGGGCGUGCCUAUCGUCCUCGCUGCCUUUUUGGGGUUCAAGAUCGUAUUUAGGACGAGGUUUCGCCGCGCGAGUGAGAUUGAUCUUGUUUCGGGUCAUGUUCCUUUGUCGCUUGAGAAUGAGGAGUUUCUGGACCGGUACUAUAGUCAGCCUAUGUGGAGGCGUGUCUGGAGUUACGUUUCGGCGAGUUGA